UGGUGUCAGCAAGAUGCCCACUGCCAAGCCCCUUAGAAGGCUCAGCCAGCUGCCGAACUUUCCCAAUCCUUUGCUUUUAUGGGCAGACAUAGACGCCUUGCUUUGCUGGCUUGUCUCUGCAGCAAUGCUGCCUGUGCAUGUUUUAUUUCUUUAAUUGGAGAAUGUUUUACUGUGCAUUUUCAGUGUGCUGCAACAAAUUACUCAAGCAAGUCUUCAAAAGUACAGGGAGAUUUUUAAAAGAAUCAGAAAUAUUGUGCCUUUUGUCUAAAAUGUUUUUAUUUUCUGAAAAGUGUGCUGUGAUGGAAUCCAUCACUUUAUAUUUAUUUUCUGUCAAGGUAUACAGUAUACUUGCAAAAGAAUUCACGACAUUGCUAAUUCCCUGGCGGGUUUCUAUCCUUUGAAUUAGUAAUGUAUCUCUUCCAAAUUGGCCUUUGAUCAAAGCCAAUCAAUCUGAUGUCUUCAUAUAAUAUUUCAUCACAAACAGCAUAUCAUUGUUUCAGGCUCUUAUGAUCAAGCCAUUCAGGUUCCUCAUCGCUUUCUGCUGUGGAUCCUCGGCCACCUCCAGAGAAAAUGGAAACAGAAUUACCUGUCACGGCUGCCGUAGAUAAUACCCUUGGCAGGACAAAGAGGACAAUGGACUUCAAAGUGGCUCCGCUUCUGACUAUGUGCAUCAAAGAUGAAAAGAAACUCCUGCUUUAGGAUUCCUGAAGAAUGGAUGGAGAGCCUUUUACCUCCAAUUUCUUUUCCUCCAGAAACUUUCCUUCCGAAAUUGGCAUUACCUUGGAACAGAAAAUUACCUUUGCCUUUGUACUUUUAUUGUUUAUUUUCCUUGGCUUCCUCCUUGUCCGAUGUUUUCGAAUUCUCUUAGACCCUUACAGGAGUAUGCCAACCUCCACUUGGACAGAUGGACUUCAGGGGCUAGAAAAAGGGCAAUUUGAUUAUGUUCUGGCUUAAAGCCAGAAAUGUAGCUACUUAGAAACAUUUCUUGUUCUCACACAGGCAAAACAAACUAAAAUUGGAUGGAUGGAUGGAUGGAUGGAUGGAUGGAUGGAUGGAUGGAUAGGAAACAUGGUGAGCAUUUGAUGAAAAAUGCCUGGGCUUAUUUUUUCCCCAAUGAGCAAAGUUGUAGUGUUUUUCUUUGGCAAAGCUAUACAAUAUGCGAAGAAACCGAGUUUGCAUUUUGCACAUAGCCAUUUUCAGUACCAGAUGUAUGUACAAAGGCAGUGAUUUGAGAUAAACCAUUAUACACCCAUUGCAGUGAUGCAAAAUUACAAAUGGGAUUUGCAGUCAAACAUUGCUGGGUGCAGUGUUAUUGGUCAAGCCAGGAAGGCCUUCCAGGAGUGCUUUCCUCUUUCAAUAAGCCAAGUAUGUCUUCUCUCUGGUUUCUCAUUGUUCUUUCUGGGACUUUCUGGUCACUACACGUGCUGCCACUUGGCCUCAGCAAACUAAUGGCAAUGCUAGCUGUGCAAUUAUAGUUCCUUGUGGCUGGAUAUUGCACAGAUGGAGAAGGAUGAUGGACAUCGUUUCUCUGUUGUUCCUGUUUUGAACUAUUUAAUUUAUCAGAACUUCAGUUCUUAUCAAUGCCAUGUAAAAACUCCAGUCCUGAUCACAAAAUAAGCAACUUAUCUGGUGGCAUGCUUUGUUUUGAGGCUAAUGCCGAUCUAACCUGCAGUAGCAUCUUUUGGCAGAUUGCAGCACCUAGCCAGCCUUGGUUGAUCACACAAGUGAAGCAGGGUUAGCUUUGGUAAAGACUUGGAUAGAUAAUUCCAUGGAAAUUCUAGCUCCAUUGCUAGACUGGAUAAUUAAAAAAAAAAAUCUCAGAAGAAAACACUACUUUCCUAACAGUGCCAAGAGAACUGCAUGGAGGCAAUCAGCAGGAGUCAGCUUGAGGGGCUCGGAAUCAAUGAAGGUUUUGCUCCAUCUUCUCACCUUCAGAGCUGCUUCCUGACUUCUUCAGGAAGGAUAAAGAACAAGCAGCAAAAAAGAGCGGUAGAAGGACUAGGAGGCUCCAGGGGAUAGCAGGAAGUGGGCCUGGGCUGGGCAUGUGCCUGUUUCUGCCAAGCUUUGACACCAGCCUUGGCAACCAUAUCAGCCUGAUGGGACAACAAUGCAUUACCCUGUUCUGCAACAAAUGGUUCACUUUGAAGGCUUCAGGUAAUCAGAUGCAAAUAUGACAUAAGCUUACAGGAAGCUGAACUUUAUCUAUACACACUUGAAAUGAAGCCAGGUUUUAUUUUAUGCUCCAUGGUUACCAAAGGAAUUGGUUCUCAGCUCCUUUUUGUACAAACUUUUUGUACAGCUGCUCUUAAAUAAAUGCUCACAUUUCCUGCUUCUAUUCCAACUCUUUCUGCUGUACUAACAGAAACUGUUUCUUCCGCUGACAUAGUAGUUUAUAGUAAUUUGUGUAAAUGAUUAUUGUGUUAUGACCUGUUUAAUGGUCAUGUCAAGCCAUCAUAUGAAGUUAAACAUUUUCUCUCCUUUCCCCCUUCCUUUCUUGAUAUAUAAAGAUCUUUUGGGUGUAAAAGAAACAAACAAUGGAAUAUGCUUUAAUUUCUAUUACAAAACA